AAAACCAUCAGUAGUUGGUUAAUACACUAAUCAACAUGUUGAAGUUUGUCGUUUUGUUGUGCGCUAUUUCCUGUGCUUUGGGCGCUGCCGUACCUGAGGGUAUGGUACCUCAAUUGGAUGGUCGUAUUGUCGGCGGUGUUGCUACCACCAUCAGCAGCUUCCCCUGGCAAAUCUCCCUCCAACGUUCCGGUUCUCACUCCUGCGGUGGUUCCGUCUACAACUCCAGAAUUAUUGUUACUGCUGCUCAUUGCUUGCAAUCCGUCUCUACCUCUGUCUUGAAAGUGCGUGCUGGUUCUUCCUACUGGAACUCUGGUGGUGUUGUUGUCUCUGUUGCUGCUUUCAAGAACCACGAAGGUUACAAUCCCAAGACCAUGGUUAACGAUAUUGCCGUCAUCCGUUUGAGCUCCUCCUUGACCAUGUCCUCCACCAUUAAGGCUAUUGCUUUGACUACCGCUGCUCCCGCUAACGGUGCUGCUGCUACUGUUUCCGGUUGGGGUACUACCUCUUCGGGUGGUAGCAUUCCCGCUCAAUUGCGUUAUGUUGAUCUUAAGAUUGUUGGCCGCACCCAAUGCGCUUCUUCCACUUACGGUUAUGGCUCUCAAAUCAAACCCAGCAUGAUCUGUGCCUACACUGUCGGCAAAGACUCUUGCCAAGGUGACUCUGGUGGCCCAUUGGUAUCCGGUGGUCGUUUGGUUGGUGUUGUCUCUUGGGGCUACGGUUGUGCCUUCGCUAACUACCCUGGUGUCUAUGCUGAUGUUGCUGCUCUCCGCACCUGGGUUGUCAGUGCUGCCAGCUCUGUUUAAAGUUUUUUUGUAAAUAAAACAGUAAUUUCAUUUAACGAUUUAAAAAAAAUGUGUUUUUCUUUGUAAUCUGAGUUUAUAUUAUUCUCGAGUUCUUAGAUUUACUAAUCUCCAGUUUUUAUAGAACAUUAAAUUUUCCCUGCGUUAUACUGA